UGCAAAUUUGGGUAGUGAGUGUGGUCCAGAGAAGUCAAGCUAGAGAAUUAGAUAGCAUUAAAAGCCAGGAAGUUAAGGGUGUGCCAGUGCUCAUGAUGGAGCUGAAAGACAGCUGUGCCAGCGAGGGCAGCCAUGAAACAGAAAGCGCUGGCACAGGCAACCUGUCAGGCCCCUUGUCCUGGCAUGUGUUUGCCCAACGCAGCACGCUACACGGCCUGCGAUACGUUUUCCCACACCGCCGCUCCUCAGCCCUGCGACGCGUUCUCUGGAGUGCAGCUCUUCUGGCCUGUCUCGGCCUGCUAGCGCUGGAGGGUGCGGAACGUGUAGCCCACUUCCUAUCGUAUCCCCAUGUCGCCAGCGUGGGCGCCGUGCCCGCGACGAGCCUAGUGUUCCCGGCCGUCACCGUGUGCAACCUAAAUGCUUACCGCUUCACACCCACACCUGGCCGAGCCCCACGUGCUUGA